AUGAAGCAAGAUGUUGAUGAUGACAAUGAUAAUUAUGAUGAUAAAAAUGAAAAUGACACGGAUGUUGAUGAUGUAAAUGACACUGAAAAUGACGAUGUAAACGACAAUGAUAAUAACGAUGUAAAUGACAAUGAAAAUGCUGUAAAUGAUAAUGAAACUUCUUUAAAUGAAAAUUCUUUAAAUGAAAAUGAAAAUGCUGCAGAUGACAAAGAAAAUGAUGUAAAUGAUAAUGAAACUUCUGUAAAUGAUAAUGAAUCUUCUGUAAAUGAUAAUGAAACUUCUAUAAAUGAUAAUGAAACUUCUGAAGAUGCAAAUAAAAAUGCUGCAGAUGCAAAUGAAAAUGCUGUAAAUGACAAUGAGAAUGCUGUAAAUGCCAAUGAUGAUGAUAAUGAUAAAGACAAUGUGGAUAAAGAUCACAAUGAUCCUUUAAAGGAACUAUACUUUUAG